UCCAGUUCAAACUUCCUUUCCUCUUUCUUAAACAAUAAGGAUGAUCCCAUAAUCAUCUCUUUAAUGGUAUUUCGUUGAAGUUUCCAUAUAAAAUUUAUUCCUGUGUGUUUGACAACAAUGCCCGAGGUUGAAGACAAUAGCAGUUACAGCACGAUCAGUGAGUCGGCGGUGAUCUCAUCGGCGAACACCCUGUCCGGGAAAUACGAGAUCGGGAAGUUGCUGGGAUGCGGGGCGUUUGCGAAGGUUUUCCACGCUCGGAACGUGAGGACGGGGCAGAGCGUGGCGAUCAAAGCCGUGAGCAAGCAGAAAGUUCUGAAAGGCGGGUUCGUGGAGCAGGUUAAGAGGGAGAUCGUUAUCAUGCGCCGGUUGCACCAUCCCAACAUCGUCAAGCUCAUCGAGGUGUUGGCUACGAAAACCAAGGUUUAUUUCGUCAUGGAAUUCGCCAAAGGCGGGGAGUUGUUCACGCGGAUAGCCAAAGGACGUUUCAGUGAAGAUCUCACCCGUCGGUAUUUCCAGCAGCUGAUUUCGGCCGUCGGAUAUUGUCACUCGAGGGGAGUGUUCCACCGCGAUUUGAAACCGGAAAAUCUCCUUCUCGACGAGAACUACAAUCUAAAAAUAACGGAUUUCGGACUCAGUGCGGUGAAGGAACAGAUACGACCCGAUGGUCUCCUCCAUACUUUAUGUGGAACACCGGCUUACGUGGCGCCGGAGAUUCUGGCGAAGAAAGGGUACGACGGCGCCAAAGUCGAUGUGUGGUCAUGUGGCAUCAUUUUGUAUGUUCUGCACGCCGGUUAUUUACCGUUCAACGAUCCCAAUCUGAUGGUGAUGUACCAUCGAAUCUAUAAAGGCGAAUUCCGGUUCCCGAAAUGGACGUCUGUCGAUCUCCGGCGAUUCAUAUGCCGGCUUCUCGAUCCGAAUCCAGAUACGAGGAUCACCGUGGAUGAAAUCAUCAACGACCCUUGGUUCAAGAAAGGUUACAAAGAAAUCAAAUUCCACGACGAAGAUUUUGAAUUCAAAGAAGAAUCCCAGGGCAAGAAAUUCUUAAACGCCUUCGACAUAAUCUCAUUUUCAUCGGGUUUCGACCUCUCCGUCUUGUUCGACGAGGCCGAACCUUCUGUGCGGAGAGAUCGGUUUAUAUCGGAGGAGAGACCGGAGAAAAUCAUUGAGAGAAUCGAGGAUGAGGUCGGUAGAACGGGUAACGUGAAAGUGAAGAAGAAGAGAGAGAAUGCGAUAAGGUUGGAAGGGCAUAAUGGUAAUUUUGUCAUCGCAGUCGAUAUCCAUCCGUUGACGGAACAACUGGCGAUGGUGGAGGUGCAGCGCCGCGAUUUUAACGUCGGCACAAGCGAUGAAAUUUGGGAAGAUAAGUUAUGGCCAAAACUUUCCGAUUUGGUAUAUAAAAGGUAAGCAAGGCAACGUGUUUCUGGGUAAUUUAAUGUAGAUGAUAAUUUAUGUGUAAAGUCAUUGCCGUGAAUCUUAGAACAGGCGGUUGUAGUACAUACACAUGUACACAACCAGCCAAGAAAGAAGAAAAAAAAACCGAGAAUCUCCGUCCGUUUUGUCUUG